AACGACCAUAACAAAUAUGAAUCAUCGGGGUUCACAAACCCACUCGUCGCCGGGAGGCAUUUUCCACCACAAACCACAAAUCCUAUGCUGAUUCUCAGCUAGGCAGCAGCGGCAAAGCCGACGUCCUCGGCACGCUCGCAGGCCAUGGCUGCCGGGCCGCCGCAGCGGCCGCUGCGCGUCGUGCUCUUCCCGUGGCUCGCGUUCGGACACCUGCUCCCGCACCUGGAGCUCGCCGAGCGCCUGGCGUCGCGGGGCCACCGCGCGACCUUGGUCUCCACGCCGGGCAACGUCGCCCGCCUCCCGCCGGCGCUGGGCGUCGACUUCGUGGCGCUGCCGCUGCCGCGCGUCGACGGGCUCCCCGACGGCGCCGAGUCCACCAACAGCAUCCCCCACGACAAGCACUCGGUACUCUUCCAGGCCUUCGACGGCCUCGCCGCGCCCUUCGCCGAGUUCCUGGCCGCCGCGUGCGCCGACGAGCGCCAGAGGCCCGACUGGAUCAUCGUCGACAUCUUCCACCACUGGGCCGCUGCCGCCGCUCUGGAGCACAAGGUGCCAUUGGCGGUGUACCUCCCAGCCGCCGCGGCUCUGGUCAGAAACCCGGCCGCCGUCGUGCCGCGCUUCGAGUCGGAGCAGGGGAACAAGCAGUAUAAUUCCGACCAUGGCGGCAUGUCCAUGUCCCAGCGCUUCUUCUCCACCCUCGAGCGGUGCACGCUCGCGGCGUUGAGGAGCUGCGUCGAGUGGGAGCCCGAGUUCUUCCCGCAGGUGGCGCCGCGCCUCCGCAAGCCGGUCGUCCCACUGGGGCUCCUGCCACCGUCACCCCGAGCGAACGGCGCCGAGGACGCCGUCACCGUGCGCUGGCUGGACGUGCAGCCGCCGAGCUCGGUGGUGUACGUCGCGCUGGGGAGCGAGGCGCCGCUGCCCGUGGAGCAGGUGCACGAGCUGGCCCUCGGGCUGGAGCUCGCCGGGACGCGCUUCCUCUGGGCUCUGAGGAAGCCCAGCGGCGUCCCCGACGACGGCGACCUCCUCCCUCCCGGUUUCCAGGAGCGCACCCAGGGGCAGGGGCUCGUGACCACGGGGUGGGUUCCUCAGGUCAACAUACUGGGGCAUGGCGCCGUGGGCGCCUUCUUGACGCACUGCGGGCAGAGCUCGUUCGUCGAAGGGCUCCUGUUUGGGCGCCCUCUGGUCUUGUUGCCCAUCUUCGGAGACCAAGGGUCGAAUGCGCGCCUCUUGGAGGGGAAGAAGGUGGGAUUGCAGGUGGCGAGAGAUGAGGACGACGGAUCCUUCGACCGCCAUGCCGUCGCGAGCGCCGUCCGUGCCGUCAUGGUGGAGGAAGAAACAAGGGGUGUCUAUGUAGCAAACGCACUCAAGGCGCAAGAGAUUGUAGCCAAUAAGGAGCUUCAUGAGAGAUACAUCGACGAAUUUGUACAGCAACUGAGAUCGCAUACCGCUGAUGCCAACUCCACUGCUGCUGUCCCACCUCAAGCUGAGGCUUAGUUCCCCGACAAAAUGGAUACACAAAUGAAGUAAUGUCAUGUGAGUCGAAUAAGAAACUCUGUGCUUGUAGUGUGGUGGUUGUGAUGGGCUUUAUCUGUGGCAGAAAAUCUCAAAGAAUUAUUUUGAGUUUUAUUAUGCAUUUUUAAAAGAAAGAUAGGAUCAUUACUUAUACCAACAUAAGAUUA